UACAUAAGUGAGGGACAUAGCAAUAGAAAAAUUGGAUGUGAUAUGAAGCCAUGAGGGGACAUGAGCCACGUUCAACUUCAUCUUGUGCAGCCUGCAAGUUAUUGAAAAGAAAAUGUGCUACCACUUGUAUUUUUGCUCCUUAUUUUCGAUCCGAUGAGCCCAGAAAGUUUGCAAAAGUUCAUAAGGUGUUUGGGGCGAGUAAUGUGAGCAAGAUCCUGACAGAGGUGCCUGAAGAGCAACGAGAGGACACGGUGAAUUCGCUUGCAUAUGAGGCUGAGGCACGGCUCAGAGACCCCGUUUAUGGUUGCAUUGGCGCCAUAGCUUUGCUGCAAAGAAGGAUGAUUGAACUUCAACAGGAUUUGGCCAUUGCAAGAGCCCGCCUUGCGCGCUAUACGGUGGCUGCUGCUGCUUCUUGUACCUUUCAGAAUAAUGAUCCAUUUUCCUCCAUGCUUCCUAAUUUCAAUGACUUUAAUGCUUAUGGUGGAAUGAUGGAGAGUUUCACCCAGAAUUCUUUGGAACUCAACCGGGUUGGAAACAUGUAUGAUCUAAGCCAUAUCCCGUAUAUAUAAUCAGAUUUUCUUCUCUAUUUUCUCUCCUUUUCUUUCUCUCUUUUGAUUAAUAACUUGAAAAGGUUGGACUCUUCAUCUAUAGAAUUCUCUCAAUAAUUGUGAUAAUAGAGGUGAAUCCAGAAAGGAAUCCAGCAUAUCUGCUAUGAAAUUGAUCAACUUUAUUUUGUGUUUUUUUAAGAAA